ACCGCCCCGUGCUUCCCGCGCGACGUAGCUGGAAACCCGGUCAGCAAAAUGAUGCUUCAACACCCAGGCCAGGUCUCUGCCUCGGAAGUCAGUGCCUCUGCCAUCGUCCCCUGCCUCCCUCCUGGGUCACUGGUGUUUGAGGAUUUUGCUAACCUGACACCCUUUGUCAAGGAAGAGCUGAGGUUCGCCAUCCAGAACAAGCACCUCUGUCACCGGAUGUCCUCUGCACUGGAGUCGGUCACUGUCAGCGGCAGACCCCUGGAGAUGGCAGUCAUGAAAACUGAGGUAGCCCCAGAAGAAGACUAAAGGAAAAAGAGGCGGCGGGAAAGAAAUAAGAUUGCAGCUGCCAAGUGCCGCAACAAGAAGAAGGAGAAGACAGAGUGCCUGCAGAAAGAGUCAGAGAAGCUGGAGAGCGUGAAUGCCGAACUGAAGGCCCAGAUCGAGGAGCUCAAGAAUGAGAAGCAGCAUUUGAUAUACAUGCUCAACCUUCAUCGGCCCACGUGUAUUGUCCGGGCUCAGAAUGGGCGGACUCCAGAAGAUGAGAGAAACCUUUUUAUCCAACAGAUUAAAGAAGGAACAUUGCAAAGCUAAGCAGUCAUGGUAUGGGGCAAUUGGGGAGUCCUCAUUGAAACCUUCUACAUCCCAAACCCUGAAGCCAUUGGAGAUCUGACUUCCUGUGCACCUCUCGCAUCCCAGCAGUGAAGCACCAUCGAGGCAGAAGAGCCCUUGGUGACUCAGCUGGGCCUUUCCUCUCUGCACCAGAGUGGACUUUGGACCGGGGCAAGGGCAUCUUUUGUCUUAACUCCAGGAUUUAGGCCUUAACCAUCCUGGCUAUUCUUGGAUGCUGCAGAUGGCCCCUGGUUAGGGUCCUGCUCAUCUUUUGCCUGGAUUCUACAAAAACAAACAAAACAAACAAAAAAAGCCAGGACUCUCACCAUAGGACUCAUGCUGAAGAAGUGUCUGCACAUUGGGUGGGUGGAGUGGGGCCACCUCCUGAGCUGCCACUGCCACUGCCACCAUCACUUAUUGGGACACAGAGUGAGAACGGCAUUUAGCAAAGUUGUACAAUGGCCAGGGUUGUGCUUUCUAGCAAACAUGCUGUUAUGUACAGGAACUGUGUGCAAGGCAUUUGUUUCAAAGCUAGGCAUUGUGUUCUGAUGUUUGUUUUGCACAACACUGGUGUGAUUUUCCUCAGAUCUGGUUUCUGAGGGUUUGGUGGGGGAGGCGGCUACCACCGUAUGCGGUGUCUUACAAAAUGCUGAGGUGGCCGCAAGAGCUCAUCAGCCCCGGGAGAACAGAAUUCUGCUGGCGAGCAGCGUAGUUUUGUGCCAACAGAGAAAGCUGCCUUUCCCUCGGCGCCCAGGCAUUAACGCAGAAUUUGUGGGCAUGACUGUAGGCCCUCUGUUGCAAACUCAGUUACAAUGUCACAGGAAGAAAGCAGAAAGAAAGUCCAACUUCCAAAGGGUUAGGACUCUCCCCUCGGUGACUUAGGUCAGGAGUUCUUUCUAGGCCAGAAGAGCCAAAGAAUAUUCCAUUUUCCUUUUCUUGCAGUUGAAAACCACAUCCAGUGGAGACAAGUUUGAAGCCAGGUGAUGCCUGGGUUUUAGCAUUAUUGGAUGUUAGUGGCAUUGUUUGUCAUGCAGAUGUUGGCAGAAAUCUGGCCCAGAGCAUUUAUAACUGUGAGAGGUCAUUCACACUGGCCACAGGACUCUGGCUACUGUCUGUUUAAAUUCUGAUGUUUCUGUGAAAUCCUCAGAGUGUUUAAUCCUACUCGGUAGUAUCAUUACAAUUUUUCUGUAAGAGGAAAUAUUACUUAUUUAUCCUAGUAUUCCUAACCUGUCGAUAUAAUAAAUAUUGGAACCAAGACAUGGUAAACUUAAGUGUUGUGCUGGUUUCUGUUCUUUUAAAUGGGUUGGUUGUUGAGAUUUACUCAUUUCCCACGCCCUCCCUCUCCAUUGAGGGCAAGGGGCAUUGAGUUUAAAAAUUCUCCAAGUGUCAUCCUUUGCUUUUUGGCGUGCCACUUAGGUGGGACAGUUGACUUUCAAUCUUGUUCCUCGGUCUAUAGCAUCUGAUACUCAAUUUCUCAUUAGCAGACCCUAGAACACAGCGCCAACCGGGUGUAUCCUUUAGACCAACUGUUUUGCUGUUUAGAGUUUGGAUAUACAACCCGAAUUGCUAAAUACCUCCGCCAAUUCCUCUGAAUGUACGGAUGCCUAAAACAUACACCUGUUUUCCAGCUUGAGCCCUGGACACUGUACAUUCUGCCACAGAACACCUCUUAAAGUAUUUACUUGAUUACAGCUAUCGUGUCAAAUAUGUGUCUUAUUGUUGCAAAUACGUAUUUCGAAUGUGAGGAAAGAAUGGAG